UGAAGUGAAAGAGGAUAUGCAGAAAUUCCUUAGUAGUAGUGGCUAGAAAAUUGCCAAGUAGAUCCCCCUCCUUUUGAUCCAAUGGAAACUCAAAACUGAAAAUCACAAAAACCUCUGAUUUGAACUGCCCAACCAACCACUCAUCCUAACAGAUAAAACCAUGGCCAUGGCCACCACUACCACAACCUCCUCCACCACCACCCCACUCCUCUCUCCAACCACCACUUCUCUCCACACUAUUACAAGAAUACCCUUCCUCUAUACCACUCCAAAAUCCAACAACAGACCAAUCACCAAACUCCACGUGUCCUCCAACCCAAUUGCUUCUUCAUCCACCACUACAUCAUCCAAACCCAAUCAAGAAUCCAUCUUUUUUGAUGGUGGGGCUCACUAUGGUGACCUUGCAGCUAACCUUAUUCUUGGUUUCACUCUUCUUUGGCUCCCAUUAACACUAGCUGCUGUCUUUAGAGCUUUUUACUUGAGGUACAGGUUUACUAACUUGAGAGUUACUGUUAUUUCCGGCUUAACUGGUCAAGACCGGAGCGAUUUCUCGUAUAAAGUGAUCAAAGAUGUUCAGGUUGUGCCAAGAUUCAUUGGUGAAUGGGGUGAUGUGAUUAUCACUUUGAAGGAUGGCACUGUGGUGGAUUUGAGGAGUGUUCCUAAAUUUAGAGAGAUUGCUAAGUAUUGUCUUUCUAUGGCUGAUAAAGAAUCAUCCGGGGGUUUGAAGGAGACUACUACUGAUGGGCCUAAAGGCUUUUGAGAAAAAUAUGGUUAGCGGGUCAAGACUCGAGCCAUUUCUCGUACAAAGUGAUCAAAGAUGUUCAGGUCGUGCCAAGAUUUAUUGGUGAAUGGGGUGAUGUGGUUAUCACUUUGAAGGAUGGGACAGUGGUGGAUUUGAGGAGUGUUCCUAAAUUUAGAGAGAUGGCUAAGUACUGCCUUUCUAUGUCUGAUAAAGAGUCAUCUGGGGUUUUGAAGGAGACUACUACUGAUGGGCCUAAAGGCUUUUGAGAGAAUAUCCGUUAGUCCUUUACUUUGUUGAUUUUCAUACCUUGUUCUCUGUUUUUCAAAGGGUAUGUAAAGUUUGCAAUUUGCUAUUAAUGUAUUCAAUUUUGAUAACUGGUUUUAGUAUAUGCCUAGUGAUUUGUAUACCGAGCUGGGAACUGUUUCUUUUAGUUGGUUGUCUAUGAAUUUCCUCGAUUGUUUUAGUAA